AGUUGUAGACCGUUUAAAACUGCUCCCAGUUUUAGCUCCGCCAUUUUCGUAAUAGCCAAAAGCAUACCGCGCUAUUAAAGUCAGUCGACCUGGUAAUACCGGCCUUCUUGAUUUGCUGUAAGAAUUUUAGGUUUGUCAAAACCUUCAUCAGAGCAACAAAAUGUCGAGCGAGCAGGGUGAAAAUAACACCGAGACAACUACCGAGACGCAGCCGGAGCAGCAGCAACAGCAGCAGCAGGAGGAAGUUAAUGGAAAACCCAAGAAUGAGUCCAGUUCAAGCAGGAAGGAGAGACCCCCAAAGAGAGGUGGAGGUGGUCGCUACGAACCCUAUGGCAACGCAAACAAAAGAUACAGAGUGUUUGUCAGUAACAUCCCCUAUGAUGUGAAAUGGCAAGCCCUCAAAGACCUGAUGAAAGAGAAAGUGGGUGAGGUAACGUACGUGGAACACUUAAUGGACGCUGAAGGAAAAUCAAGGGUAAGUGCAAAUACAUACAAUCAAAAUAUCUGAUUAAACCUAGACAAACAUGUGUUUGUCAGCCUUGGUUUCUUUAGUUAUACUGCCGGGAAUUGUUCAGAAAUAGAAACAUGGUGGAGUUCUUGAGAUGGUAACAUGCUGGAGGCGUGUUUUAGGUGGUGUUGUCGGUGCCACUGAUUUGAGGCCAUCCUGAAGUGUUGAUGCUUUUAAAACAGCAUUACUUGUAUUCAAUCCUGUGGAUCAGCAUUAGCUGACAAUUUCUCUUUUGGUUGCUGGAUUUGCUCCUUAUGAUCGUAAGGGGUUUACUCGGCAAGAUGUUGUUACAAAGCUGUUAGAUGGUUUUGUUAAAUGUAAUUCAUCAAACUGUUUCAAUGGAAAAGAUACAUUUUUUAAAAUGCUGUAAUGGUGUGGAAACCUAUCGUAUUGUGGAGUUUCUUCCCUUCGGAUGUUUUGAGAAGAGAAACUGAAUUUUCCACUAUACCGGCUUUGGCACUGACUGGUUGGGGAGACUUUUCAAUGUAAUUUACAUAGUGUUUGCCAAGACUAAGCUCUGUGUGUUUCACUUUUCCUUGUGCAUGUUGUAUCUAUUUUCUACAUGCCAGUUUAACAACCUGUUAAAUAUUUUCAUUUCUAAUUUCAUUUGUGUUUUUUGCUUUGUAUUGCCUGUUCCGAUGACUUCAAUCAAAAAGGGUUGUGCUGUUGUUGAGUUCAGGACGGAAGAACUUAUGAAGAAAGCGGUGGAAAAUGUCAACAAGCAUAACCUCAACGGACGGCCUCUUAAAGUAAAGGAGGACCCUGAUGGUAUCAUUGCUCAGAGAGAGAUUAGCAAGUCUCAACAAGGUGGAGGUCACCCAGGAGGCCAUGGAGGAAUGGGUGGUAUGGGGGGCAUGGGACCUGGACCAGGAGGCCCCUUGGUCAACAUUCCUCCCAGCCUGUUGAACAACCCCAACAUCCCCAACGAGAUCAUUCACGGUAUUCAGACUGGCAGGAUUGGAAACACUGUUUUUGUGGCCAAUCUGGAUUACAAAGUGGGAUGGAAGAAGCUGAAAGAAGUGUUCGGCAUGGCAGGCGUUGUGUUAAGGGCCGACAUUUUGGAGGACAGGGAUGGGAAAAGCCGAGGCAUGGGCACAGUGACAUUUGAAAUGCCCCUUGAAGCAGUCCAAGCUGUCUCUAUGUUCAAUGGGCAGCUCUUAUUUAACAGGACCAUGCAUGUCAAGCUGGAUGAGAAAUCCCUCCCUAAAGAUUUUGGGCAACCAGAUAGAGGGUCCUCUCUUCCCCGUGGCCUGAGUGGUAUUGGUUUGGGCCUGGGUCCCGGUGGUCAGCCUAUCGAUGCUACCAUGCUCAACAGAGGUGGCGGUGGUGGUGGGAUGGGAAACAUGGGUCCUGGAGGAGUGGAUGGUAUGGGAUUUGGCAACGUCGGCGGUCGCAUUGGAGGAGGAAUGGACAACUUUGGCGGAAUGAACAUGGAUCGUUUUGGUUCUUCAGGAAUGGGAAGAAUGAAUGGAAAUUCCCUCGGCAUGGAUCGCAUGAGCUCUGGAAUGGACCGCCUGGGAGGCAGUUUGGAUCGCAUUGGUGGAAUGGAUCGAAUGGGCAUGGAGAGGAUUGACCGUGUGUCUGACCUGGACAGGAUGGGAUCUGGCUUUGACCGUAUGGGCUCUGGGAUGGACCGCCUGGGGCCGAGUAUGGAAAGGCUUGGACCAGGCCUGGACCGUAUGUCGACAAGCAUGGACCGCCUCGGCCCUGGAGGAUUUGACCGACUUGGCCCAUCUAGCCUGGAUCGCAUGGGAAGCAGCAUGGACUUUGGCUCCUCCAUGGGUAUGGAUCGCAUGGGCAACACCGGGCUCGAUAGAAUGGGAAGCAGCUUCGAUCGCAUGGGGUCUGCCGGAGGAAUUGACCGUUUCUCUUCUGGUGGUCUUGACCGCAUGAGCUCUGGCAUGGACCGAAUGGGAUCUGGAGGUGUUGGUGGUCAGUUUGAUCGCUCCGGAGAUAUGGAUCGUGGAUUUGGUGGAAAUUCCUUUGGAGGAGCCGGAGCCGGAGGGCCUGGAAGUGGGGGAGGCAACAUGAGGAAGGGAUGCCAAAUCUUUGUCAGAAAUCUGCCAUUUGAUUUCACCUGGAAGAUGCUGAAGGACACCUUUAACACAUGCGGAAUGGUCCAGUAUGCCGAUAUCAAGAUGGAAAACGGGAAAUCCAAGGGCUGUGGCGUGGUCCGUUUUGACAACCCUGAAACUGCCGAGCGCGCCUGCAGGACCAUGAACGGCUAUCGUCUAAAUGGAAGAGAGAUUGACGUUAGGGUUGAUAGGAACGCAUAAUUCAUGCUUCUGUGUUGUAUCAGACGAUUUAGUCAUUAAUGCCUAAAACAUUCUGUAUCAUCAGAUGUUUCCUUCAACUAUACUUAGUUUAGUAGAUAUUUGUAAAAGUAAAUGUUAUUUUAGUUAGUAAAUUGUAACGGCUGAUGUGUUCUUAGUUUUUGGUUAUUACGGUGUUCUGCUUUUUUUUUAGAGACCAAGCUUUUAAUUUUGUUUUGUUUUCUCAUGCAUCACCUGUCAUUGUCUUUAAGGUGUUUUGCUAAAUAAAUCUCAAGAUACAUAAAA